AUGGCGACGGAUUUACUACAGGCUCAGAUAAACAAAACGGGAGAACUAUUGACGCAAAGCGUUCAAGAUGCUGAAAAAUUGGCGGUGAACGCCGCCGAAGAAGCCAAACACGAAGCCAUCGAUGCUUUCGAUGCGGAAGUUGCUAAAGUUGAAAAAGUCGUCGAUACCAGCGUCAAUCAGGCUGCCACUGCCAUAGACACAACGAUCAAAGGAGCAGACGAAUUUUUAGAUCAGAAAAGAGGAGAAGUCGUCGAUGUUGUCAACACGACAAAAAAACAAACGGAAGAUUCAAUGCAAGAUGCUUCGACGCAACUUUUGGGAAAAGCCAGAGGUUUAUUAAACUGUAAGACACCUCAUCAUUUUUCCAUCAAGCUUGCGAACAACAUUAUUUUUACAUAA